UCAACAACUAAUUAAGUGGCGUCGAUCGAUAUGGAAAUAAAAGGCGUGCACAAAUAAAGAAGGACAGAUUUGAACCCAAAACGAAAAGACCAAACCUAUAUUGUACGAAUACCUUACACAGCAUUGCCAGGUUCGUUCAAUUCUAUCAGCAAGACGUUAUUUAGAAGUUAAACGGAAAAUAGAUUGAGAUAUUUCUAGUUUGGAGUUUGUGGGAAAAUGAACAUGGGACCAAACCAACUUGACACUUCACCUAACUUUGGAAUUCCAGCGAUGACGUCCCGUGAUGCUUACGUCACGUCUACGUCACAGGGAGCGCCGGUGAAGACUUUAAGAGUUGCUCGAAGGAACGAACGGGAGAGACGGCGAAUCAAACACGUCAACUCUGCGUUCGACGAAUUGAGGAAAAGAGUUCCGAGUGGAAAUAGAUGUCGCAAAAUAAGCAAGGUAGAGACACUGCGAUCAGCGAUUGAAUACAUACGUGCUCUUGAAGCUGUUUUAGGUCACCGGGGCAUGCCUGAGAACCCAAAUCCAAAACCCCAACUUGAGGUGCAUACGUACGAACCAUCAACCCCGUGUGUCACGUGGUACCAGGAACCCGGAAGUUACGUCACAGCCCCCCAGCCGACGUUUCAAAGUCUCGAACAUUAUCCAAGUUACGCUUCAAUGAUUGGGCCCCCACCUCCGGAAAUGCAAAUUGCGUGUCCAACUAAUAUAGAGGACGGUACCAUGCUGGAAAGACCAGUGCUAAAUAUUAUAAAUUAGAAAUAUUCCAUCUUAACGUGACAUAAAUUAUCUCUUC